GCGCCAUCGACUUAUAUCGCCAUAUAUCACUACAUCUAACAGACGGAAAACUCGGGAUUAACACUAAAAGCAAAACAGAGCGUCUCUUGUACGUGCGUUUCACCUGCGCCAGAGGCCCUCAGAAGUGCGCUCGCGCGUGUUUUCCUCACUAUCCCGGCAUGCACCGCUUUAUUUAGUGUUGUAUCUCCGGGAGAUGUCAGACACAGCCCUCUCUCUCUCUCUCUCUCUCUCUCUCUCUCUCGGCUCCGGCGAGGAGACAAAAACCCAGCAAAUCUCUCCUCUCAACAGCCCACAAACAGCAGAAGCGAGCCCAUCUCUGCCAUCAGACGCACAGUAAUCUCAGCCCGUCUACCCGGCCUCCUGGGCUAGUGUGCGUGCAGGUGUGAGAGAGUGAGUUUAUUUCUACAUGUGAGUGUGACCACGUACCAUCGUCAACAUGGCCUCGGUGAGUGUGACCUUGGAGAAUCAACUGCACAGCGCACAGAAAAACCUGCUGUUCCUGCAACAAGACCAUGCCAACACAUUGAAAGGCCUACAUGCUGAGAUCCGUCGUCUACAACAGCACUGCACAGACCUGACAUAUGAGCUGACAAUGCGGAGUUCUGAUCCAGGCGAUGAUGGUGAGGCUCGUUGCAGAGAGCUGCACCAGCGCUGUGAGGAGCUGGAGGCUCAGCUGAAGGCUAAAGAGCAGGAGAACACAGAGCUCUUGCGAGAUCUGGAGCAGAAAAACGCCAUGAUCUCGGUGUUGGAGAACACCAUCCGCGAGCGAGAGAAGAAGUACCUGGAUGAGCUGAAAUUGAAGAGCCAUAAGUUGGCUGUGCUGUCUGGAGAGCUGGAGCAGAGAGCCAGCACCAUUGCCUACCUCACCUCCCAGCUCCACGCUACCAAAAAGCGCCUUCUCGCCGGAGGAGCAGCAGGUAUAAGCCCCUCCGUCAGCCCCGUCAGCUCUUUCAAACCCACUCCUCCUCCCGCUCCAGCAGCUCCAGGAAAUGACAAAGAAGUCCGGCAACCCGAAACCCCUCGCAGACGCAUGCGCAAAAGUCUUUCGCAGCCGCUGCACUCUGAAUACACCGAGCUGUACCGGUUGGGCGCCGCAGACGGCCGAAGGGUGGUACUGAGGGAUUCGGUAGAUGCCAUGCCAGAUCCAACUCCGUUCCUGCAAGCCAGAGAGCCUGCGGCCCCCGUAGAGUCUCAGCCGGUGGUGCGGGAACGCCCCUCUGUAAUCCCGCCCAUCGCUUCUUCGGUCACACCUCCUGCACCAUCAAGCCCUGCCCACAUCCCGGUGCCCCCAAGUCCCAGGAAUAGCCCAGCACGGGAGGGACCCCAUCCACGUGCUAACCCGCAUAUAGGAGUGGCGCAUCGGAUCCACCGCUCGCCUUCAGCAGGUGGAGGUACAGCUCGGCAACAGGCGGAAGUGGAGACCCUCGCCGUGGACCAGGUCAAUGGGGAGCAGGUGGUUCGCAAACGCUCAGGUGCGGACAGGACUGUUUAAGACUGACAAAUGCACACAUUUACACCAUCCUAAAACAGAUAGUAUAUUAACAUAGACGUAUUAAGACCAAUGCAGUAUAUGCGGAAAUCUUUAUGACUGUGAAAACACACACAAACAUGGAUACAGACGCUCAAACCAUCGACAUAUCACCAACAACCUAGUCAAUAAACGUGUAGAACACAAACACAAUACAGAUUUAAACAACUAACAAACACAAUAGCACAGCACAACCCUGGGAAAUGCUGAACAACAUACUGGCGAGAAAACAAGAUUUAGGCAAAGACUGUUUAUGCGAGGAAAUAUGAAUGUGUUUUAAAGGGAAAGACGGAGAGACUACGGAUGGCAGCAAGAGCUUAUGUAUGUCCUGCUGCUUUUUAUGCAACACUGUAUAAAUGGAAAAAAAAAAAGAUGUAAAAGACUUCGUUCAUGGUCAUUUGAAUAACUUCUUUGUCUCACGUCGGUUGGGAAGGAGAUCUGUGAGCAUGCCAAAUGUUUGUUUUUCUUUCCCAUUUAACUUUCAGCAUCUUCUUCGCGCUUUCCGUUCUUCUCCUUAUCGUUGUCCCGCUCUGUUUGACUCGAGGUGCGAACACACACUCAUAUAUUGCCAAAUCUCGUCAUUGCCUGCUGAUUUAAUGUUCUAAUGCAUAUUCAUAUCUACUCAUAUUUAUUCAUGAGCACUGCAGUAGUACUGGAAUCUCCACUCUCCUUCAACUCUCCUUCCCCUUUCAUUCACAUAUCUACAGGCUAAUGUGAACAAUUCUGCUGCUCCUUAUUAAACACCUACAGAAAUCAAA